AUGGCAGCCAGAAUUCCAAAGCUGGAGCCUAUGGACGAACCACAACCAAAUCCCGCCCAUGAUCUCGAUCAGGUCCCCGCACAAGACUUUGUUCCAGUCGUCAUACAAGACUUCGGACACGCCCCUAUCCACGACUUCGGACAGGCGCCUGCACAAGAUCCAGCCCCCCAGCCUUUCCCUGGACCUGCCCAGAUCCCUGCUCAUAUUGCUGGGUAUCAUCGAGACAUCAUCCUCCCUGCACUUGUCGAGAUCAGUGGGGCCAUACGCAAUCAUGAUCGAAGACUCGACAACUGUGUUACCAAAGCAGACGUCGAGACUCAGAGGGCUUUUGAUGUUUUGGAGAGAAGGACUAUGAGUCUCCUGAAGGAACUCACAAUCGUCAAGAGGGACCUGGUUCAAUGCGCUGCAGAAUCUUACACAAGGUUCAACGAGUCAGAGAGGGACAAUGCUUCGCUGCUGCUUCGUGUCUCAGCCUUGGAGAAGUUGAGCUUGGAAAGAGGUCACGAUCCUCGACUUCCACCCAGACUUGGAGACGAAGUACAAACCUCAGACAAGCCAAGUGGACACCCAGAGAACCCGAUACAGAUCUACGACGACGAGGGAGAGUCAAACUUGGACGAUGAAAGAGCCGACAAGACGAAGCCGCCGCACAAGACCUCGCCAUCACUCAAGAAAGAGGGACGCAUCCCAAAGCAAGAGCCUGUCCGUACCGACAUCAACGCCUCCAUCCUUGAACAUGAUCCAGCUUUCGGUGUCAUUAACAACACCGCCACUGUAGAAGAACUCAAGACAGUCCAGACCGCCAUCGAUGAAUCCGCCAACUCGCCACAGAAACUUGAGAUCCGCAUGAACCAGCUCGACCUUGGAACAACAAACAACCACCACGAUUUGACUCGCCAUGUCGACUACCUCCAUGGACAGAUCCAGGGGCGCAAGGUUGACCACCGAGCUCACGUUCAGAGUAUGGACCACUCGAAGGAAGAUUACUCUCAAGCCAUUGAGUCCAUCAUGGAUCAUCUCGGAAGCAAUGAUGUUUGCACCAACAUUUCCAUCGCUUCGAGCAACAACAGAGAAGACAUGGGUUCGAAGGACCUGACAGACAAAUUUGAAGCCAACGAUAGAGACGUGCAAAUCUCGGCUGUCAAGGAGGAAGGAGUUAUGGAGGAUGAAGGGGUGACUGUCCAGCGUCAAGGAGGCAGCGCAGACACCGGUGUGAUGUCAGAAACCAUGUCAUCGGGAUCCUGCAAGAGAUCAGCUGUGUCAGCUCCUGGUACACCACCUUCAGGAAAACGCCACUCCAAUCUCACCAUCUGA